AUGUGUUUCAUUGUCAUCACACUAGAUGGAGAGCCUGCAGCAGGACAGCGCUUGGACCCCCAGGACAUCGAGAAUGUCAGUAUUUCCGGGGAGACAGGCACCAGCGUGCAAACUGACGUCACAGCUGCCCAGAUUGCUGCAAUGGAGGAUGACCUGGCCUUUGUCAACACCGAGGUGUACGCAUUGAGGCAGAGCAAAGAGGAUUAUCAGCUCACCGCAGCAGCCCUUCAGCGUGACCCCAAGGAAGUCAAGUGCUACACCGGAUUAGAAAGUUUUGAUGUCCUUUUCGGAGUGUACCACCUGAUUGAGUGUGCUGUGCAUCACUCCACAGCGAACAGCCUGAAUCUGGCCUUUCGCUUUGGUGUGUCCGAGGCAACCACUAAUCGAGUUUUCGACCGCUGGUUGCAUGUCGCCUACUUUCGCCUCAAGAGCCAAAUCAUCUGGCCAGAAAGACGGACGCUACAACAAACUAUGCCACAGCCCUUCUACGAUAACUUUGGGGACAAGGUGUCGGUUGUUCUGGACUGCUUUGAGAUCAAGAUUGAACGGCCCUCAUCCUUGCUCCCAAGGGCACAGACGUGGUUCCAGUAUAAAUCAAGCAACACUGCCAAAUUCUUGAUAGGUAUAGCACCACAGGGGACCACCACUUUCAUAUCUGAGGGUUGGGGAGGGAGAACAAGCGACAAACAUGUCACAGAACACAGUGGUAUCCUCGACAAGCUGCAACCGGGAGAUGUCGUCCUAGCAGACCGUGGUUUCGACAUUUCGGACAGUGUCGGACUUCAUCGUGCCAAGCUCCAUAUACCCGCAUUUACGAAGGGCAAGCAGCAGCUGAGUGUAUCAGAUGUGGAGACGACAAGGAAGCUUGCCAAUGUAAGAAUACACGUUGAGAGGGUUAUCGGCUUAGUACGCAACAAGUAUAUGAUUCUGAAGACCACUUUGCCAGUCCUCUUUGUUACUUGCCGGCCUGGCGAUGAUCUGCCAGCAGUCGACAAAGUGGUAACGGUGUGCGGUGCCCUUUCCAACUUCUCUCCCUCAGUAGUACCGAUAAAUGAUGCCGCUUCUGAAUGA